GCUUAAUGAUGACAAACACAAACCGGAAUCAGAUGACUGAGAAGAUCCUGGAUCUGACCCUGGUGGUCAACUACCUGCUGACUGGAGAGGUGAGGGAUUAUGGGAAUGUCACAGCAACUACACACUUUUAUCCUGUGCUUUAACAUGGAUAUUCUGAGACUUAUUAUGGAGAAAUUUGUAAAGUAGGUACUGGGUAUAUUGUUAAUAAACAUUUAAUUAAUAAAUCCAUUAUAAUAGCCAGGUAGACCCUGUGUGAAUGUAGAAAUAAAACAUAUAGGAUUGUGUGUCAUUAACGGUGCUGGAUUGCAAUACUGAGAUUUGUGGAAUAUUUUUCUGUUGGUGUUAAAGCUUGGUCAUGGUAUAAAUGUGGGGAUUGUGAUGAUUAUAAGACAUGAUUAUAAACAGGUAGCCCUAGCAUAGCAUUUCUCAGCCCUGUGCACUAUACAGGACUUUAUGAUGGAGAAAGCCGGCAUCGCACACACAGACAGGGUUAGCAGUGACAGAGGUGGGUGGUAGAAGCUUAGUUGGAGAGUUAUUUUAAUACAUGUUUCUUUAUGUGUAGGAUUACAUUGUUAUGAAGAGAUCUGACGAUCCUACAAUACAGAGAAGCAGUCCCUGUGUGUUAAGAGGAUCCUGCAAGACCCAGAGCUCCAGCACGGUGUGUCCACCUCACUCACUGAUACAUGAGGGAACCAAUGAGCAGAACAUCCUGGAACUGACCAAUCAGAUCAUCCACCUGCUGACUGGAGAGGUGAGGCUGCUGGGAAUGGGACAUCAUAGAGUAAAACCAAGGGAUGUGUCUGGAUGGUGACUGGAUAAAGAUGUUGGGAUCUCACUGUCUGUUAUUUCUUGUAGGUUUGGAAGCAUUUAAAAGGGCAAAAGGAAACUUACAAGGAAGUGAUGAUGGAGAGUCACCACCCCCUCAUCUCCUUGGGUGAGACGAUGUUUAAUCAGCAUUGUGUUUGGUUAUACAGCAGAUAUCAUUAACUUAUAUCCUCAAACACCCGGUACACAGUGUAAGAUCUGCAGUUAUUACAGUUAUUAUUUUGUAAGCUGCAGGAACAAAAUUAGUUUAUUAUCUUUUAUAUGGAUCACAGAGAUGAUGUUAUACAAGCCGCAUGUGGUGGCCACUGAAUGUUUGCAAUUCCUCCCCCCCAGUUAGGCUGUUCUCUGAAGUCACUGGGAAUUCUGAUGGAUUUAGCUACUAGUUCAGUCAUAGGGAUUCUUCCUGGACAGUGCUGCACAUUUCAGGAAAGUUGAGGCCUACUGGAUUAGAAGCCAUCCUGGUUUAUCCAGCCUGUACAAGUUCUUCUGCGCGCUAGGUAAAAAUUCACUUUGCAAGUCAAUGUAGACUUGCUAAAUAGUAUGUCACACAUAUAUGUAUAAAUAUACCGGUAUUUUUAACAAAUAGUUAAAUGUGGCGAAACCGACCUCACCACUGGGCAUUGGAGAAGACUGAUUGCCAGCCUCUUGCCAUGUGAUUUAUGGAAGAUCUGGCCCUUUAAAUACAGUUUUUGGGCAUAGUGUAAUUUAUUGUGCUGUUUCUGGCCCUUUAAGUACUUUGGGAAAAGACCUGCAGUUUUGGCAUGGCAAUUCGGAUGCAGCCGAAGUAGUCGAAGUGGCCCCCAUUAGAAACCGAACACGUGGCGGCGGCCAUUUUGAUUCAUUCGAAUGCAAUCAGCGGUGUGUGCCGUCAAACUCAUGGAACUAAAAUCGGCUACAGAACGGCACGAACACCGCUGAAAUUUUACCUUCCCUGGAACUAAUGCAUUUGACAGUUCGUUCGACAAUUCGAAUGGUUGUCGUUCGUCUGUUUGAACUGACUUUAACAUGGGAAAUAGACCGGCCGCAGAGCCUGAUUCUCUGGAACUGUUUUGGGCAUGAAAAUGUGCUUGCGGUCGGUCAAAGGUGACUUAUAUCUAUCUCCUGUACGGAUUCGAAUGAUUUUUGGCUAUGUUUGUAUUUCAAAUAUGCUGAUUAAUAAUAUGUGACUUUUAUUAAUAUUGAAUGUAUAGUUUUAGAGUUAUGAAAGUUGGGUAAAAAGUAUGUUUUAAACUGUACGGCUAAUUGUGUUACCUCUCAGGCUAAGGGGAGGAGAUGUGUGGGAUGUAACCAUUGUUUGAUUGGCUAAUGUAUAAUUGUCUGUGGGCGUCUCCCUUGCACAGGAGAAUUGCAUAAAAGCAGAGUGUGUCUCAUUAAAAACCUCAGUUCUACUUCACCCUCAAUUUGGAGUGCCGUCUCUUAUUGGGGGAAUCUGCUACAAGGGAUUGCUAUGUUUGUCAUACUCCCUUGCUAAAUCACUACUACGCUCUUGUAAGAGCUUGUUUCUGCCUUGCUCUCUGUCGGCUGGAGUGCUUGGAGCCCUCAGGAAGUGCUCGGAGCAUCCAUCAACGGAGGUACCCAGUCGGGGUGCCAGGUGAUCCGUUACAUUAAUGCAUUUAUUAACCCCUUAAGGACACAUGACGUGUGACAUGUCAUGAUUCCAUUUUAUUCCAGAAGUUUGGUCCUUAAGGGGAUAAACAAAUCUUUAAAAAGUAAAAAAAAAAAAUCAUAUGUUCAUGUAAGACUCAAUAGAGAUGCACAGCCGCUUGCAAGAUAAAGUGGUGAGUACUACGGUACAUGUACCCGCUACUCACAACCACGCUUAAUCACUGAGGAAUCUCCCAUCAAAGUGUUGGCGUCUCUGCGGUCUGCCUUCUCAUGUGCAGUCAGGUUGCGGUCUCGGCUCUCGCACGGUACUGUUUGUCUUUCUCAGCUGCCACAGCUGUUUAAGCUCCGCUCACCUGGGUAUGUAUUGCGUAGUGCUCUUUCCCAUAAUGACAUUAUAUAUACAGUCCAUUCUGUUGCAACUCUAAUAACAGUUAUUAAACCGCUCAUAAAUAAUAGCUGGUAAAUUUCAUCCAGUAUUGUUUGUGCUAAAAUAAGCACAUUAAUUAUCCAUCAUACAAAUUGAUCAUAAUCCCACACAGUAACUGGUAAAUUAUAUGGAGUUUUGUUUGUGCAAAAUAAGCAUAUUAGUAGUCCAUCAUACAAAUCAGUCAUAAGUAACAUUCAUUACACAAGAGUUUCCAUAAUAUAAAAUUCAUAAGGAAAUAAAGGGAACUAGUAAGGUUAGAUACAGCAGUAUUAUAGAACUUAAUCAUAUAAUCACAUCAUAACAGUCUUUAGUAAUAGCACCCGUGGAUAAUAAAGUGUCACCAUUCAAAAAUCCAACCCUUAAAAAGUGUAGAAAAGGCUUCGAUAAAUACAAUAUAAAAUUACUAUUCAGAUCUGAGAUGGACAUUUGUGACUAAUGGAUAUGCCAUUACUGUGAAAAAAAUCCAUAUAAAAUCUAUAAAAAAAGGAAAAUGUCAAAAGUGCAGGAAAAUACACAAGUAAAUAAAUAUAAGUAUAAAAAUUAAAAACAAAUUUAAAAAAUGUCAUAUCUCAAAAUCAUUAUUCAGUCCAUUGGAAAUAAGGGUAUUUAAUUUGAAUAUCUAUCUCAUCUCUGUUUUUCCUAAAUCCUGUAUAAAAUUGCCCCCUCUCCAAUUCUUUUUAACUUGCUGGAUUCCUGUGAACUCUAAUAGGGAUGGAUCUGAAUUAUGGACUUCCUUAAAAUGCAGAGACACUUGAUGUUGUAAAUAUAGUCUCUUAAUGCAUCACUCUACCCAAGGAAUCAAAUUCAGUUUAUUUUUAAAACCAAUUGAAUGGAAUCUAAAACAAUUACUUUUGGUUCCACAAUAAUUUUUACCUCCAGAUUUGUGGCACAGCGACGGGCACCAAGUUCACUCCCAGCUACGCUAAUCUAUUUAUGACCCAUCGGGAAACUUACCAUAUGGGUGCUUAUAGUGACUAGGAAGUGAACUAGGUGCUCUAUAAAUGCUGUAUUGAUUACCUAUUUUUGAUAGGGGGGAGAGGAUCGGUUAAAAACUUUGAUAAACUACAUCAAUUCUAACCAAUGGGGGAUAAAGUGAAGAACAAGAGACAAAAACCUAGUAAUUUUUGCACUUUCCUAAUUUGCAUAUUGUAAUUCUACAAAUCAGUUAAAUUUCCAGUUUCCACCAACAAAGGGCAAUGGAGAGCCAGAAAGAAGUCUAUCAGUUGAUAUAGUAAAACACAAGUGGAGAGCAAAACAUAACAUAAUUUAACAAUCCGUUACAGAAACAGGACCCGGAUAACAAUGACAACUUUAUUAUUCCUUAACCAUUUAUGACAGAACUAUUCCAUCAUGGAUGUCCUAUGUAUUCCGUCAUGGAUGCCCUAGAUCUUAUUUAACUUGUAGGGCACCCCACCUGCAAUAAAAAUAAUUAGAAAAAAAAAGUUAUAUGUAACGUAUCUCCUGGCACCCCUACUGGGUACCUCCGUUAAAGGAUGCUCCUAGCGCUUCCUGAGGACUCCAAGCACUGCAGCAGACACCACAACCACCGAACCAGAGAAGCAUACGAAUGCUCUCAAGCAUAUGAAUGCUGUAAACAGCUGAACAGGAAAAGCAUACAAUCAGCUUACACUCCUGGCAAUCGGCAUACAAUCCAAUGCCCAAAUAACGAGACGACACUUCGUUUUGAGGUCAAGCAGAACUGACUGUACUGGCACAUACAGCUUCUUUUAUUCACAAUCUCCAAACAUAGAACUGCCCAUAGGGUUUUGAAAUACAACCAAUCAAUCCGUACAAUACACACAGACACUCCCACACAAAAUCCUCCCCUCUGCCUAUGAUAUGAUUACUGAACACAAUGGUUAAUAUAAUUAUCACAGGCAGAGCAAUACAGUAUUAUAAAACAUAUCACAGGGAGCCCAAAACAUGCAAUAAUCCCAUAAAAAGUAUAUCCUCGGGAACCGGGGGAUCUGGGUUAACCACAUAUCCAAAAUUCACCCAGAUCCGUUCAGUAGUUUGGAAGAUGCAGUUUAAUGCAGAUUCCGCAGAACAUAUACUGGCUAUAUGAAAAAUAAUUACUGUAUAAUGUGUCCCGUGUUGUAUAGUUUAAAACUACUGCACGAUGUCUUUGUGCACCAAAUACCGGCGAGAUGGCACUGUGUAGAAAAGUCCAAACAGUGUCUGUGAGUUAAAAUGGCCGCCAUCCAUUGUUCUCACCAUGUGCCUCUGAUACAUGAAAUGGUGGCCACCCAGUAACUCCACAGUAUGUGCCCAGAUGGUUCUUAAAGGGCCAGCAGCAGCACAACACAAAAACAUUAUGCCCAAAUCAUGUCUUUAAAGGGCUAUACAUCUCAGGGGUCAAAGUCACAUGGCAAGAGGCUGGCAAUCAGUCUUCUCCAAUGCCCAGUGGUGAGGUCUGUUUCACCACAUUAUACUUAUCUUUUUUCCAGUGUAGAGACUCCCAAUGCAGUGCCCUUUUCUAUAUACCCAGUCUAAGAUUAGAAAGCCUCAGUUACGUUACACAUGUGUAAUGUCCUUAUUGCAUGUUAUUGUAUCUGCUUUUCAUUCACAAUGCCAUUUUGAUGCAUUAUAUUGUCUUAGUAAAAUAACAUUAAUAAAACAAAACAGGAAGAGAUAUCACUGCUUAAGUAACCACCUGAGCCUCUAUAGCUAGCCUGGUAAGUCCACAGCAGUUAAGAAAAUGUUCUAAUUUUAAGUGUUUUCUUUCCGGUAGAUGGUUCCAUUAACAGAAAUAAAAUCAGUGGAUUGUACACUUCAGUUUCUUCUCCGGAUUAUAUAACCAAAGAUAACGAAAACACAAAUAAUCAAAAAAUAUACUGCAUGGCAGUCAGAACACCAAGCGGUAAAUCUUUGAUGCGUGAAACUACAGAAUCCGAGGUAGUUAAUCUCAGAGACAUUAAUACCCCCAUAGAACAUAUACAGACUGAAGAUCCAUCCACUCGUAUUAAGGAGGAAUCCGUCUCAUGGGAAGAAGUAACUUUCCCAGACACAGACUUCUAUACACCCACAGAAGAUGCAGAGAUAGAUCCAUCUACUCAUAUUAAGGAGAAAUCGGUCUCAGGGCAAGAUGGAAAUCUUGUUGAAGCUUCCAUUUGCACAACCAAGGGAAAUGCACAAAUCAACUAUACAACAAAAUGUAAAUCUGCAUCAAAUGAAAAACAAAUUCCUAUAAACACUGAUAUUUAUACAGGCACAGACCAUAGACAGACAGAAUAUCCACCUGACCUUAUUAAAGGACCACUCUAG